CUUGUGUGUUUGUAUUCGUGACAGCCUCAAAGUUUUUUGCGGAACAUUUUUUGUGUACAAUUUAAAGCCAUUUCGGGCGCUAAAUAAUUGUCUAUUGCCUUGCGAUAGAGCAACGUAAACGGCCGGCUUUACCAUACCCGAAUGCAUUUGCGAGUGGGAAGCGUAAAAGACGCGUUAAUCGGUCAGCGAAUUUUGCCCAAUUCGCUAGUUCGGGUGAAAUUUCAAUGAACUGAGAAAACAAAGACAGAGACACACAUAGACACGCACACACAGACAUAGUGCUUGUGCAGCAGUGGAGAAAUAAGAAGAAGCAGACAACAGCGCAAUAGCGAGCAAUUAUUUACUUACAAAUAAAAUACAAAAGGAAAACCCAACGGAAAAACAAUAUUCAUUGGCGCUUUGGACAGUGUUUGACAUUUGCAUAAGUGUGGCAUUGAUAGUGGAAGUGAAAAACGCGGCGCAGAAAACUUUUCGCCUCCGCCAGGCAUCAACAUCCUUCGGAACUCCCUCUCUCUUUAGUUCGCCGUCUCACUCACGUUCUCCCAAAGAGCACGCUGCAUACAGACGAGGCAUAUACUUAUAUAUAUACCUAUAUCAUUUAUUUAGGAACGAUACGGCGCGGAAAAGUACUAACCUCCGUUCCCGCUACCGUUCCCGUAAACGUUCCCGCUCCCCACUUUCCAGUGAGUGAGUGCGAGCGAACGCGCAAAUUGGAAUAGCAGGACUCCAUUGCCGCUACUCCUCCGCCUUGGAAUGUUAAAUGCGGUGAGAAAGAUCCGAUCAGUGUAUGUUGUUGUUGCUGGAAAUCGAUUGGAAGCGAGUGGAAAAGGAAGAGCGUCAACCGUGGAAGUGGCAGUGCAAGAAGCGGCAGUAUCAUCUAACGUUAAUUUAGAUUAUGGCGAAUUUAAAUUUUCAACAACCCCCGAGAAGUAUAACGAACGCAGCGUUAGCUGGAAGGACGACAGGAGGAUUCGGUGGUAGCUCCCUGGCUGGCCAUGUAACGCCCACGUCGGGCAUGUUCCAAACCGACUUUGCCAACUCGUAUCCAGGAGCAGCGAAUUACGGACAGGCGCCGCAGCAGCAGCAACAACAGCAGCAGCCGCCGCAGCUAUCGCCUAACCGAAAUGCGCAACUCUCCGUCGGAGGACCCGCCAUCUCGAGCGGCAACCGCAACGCCAACCUCUUCGGUCAGCGGCAGUUUUUGGAGCGGCGUGCCAUGCAGGGAUUGGGCACUGGCCCCAUGUCGAACAUGGGAAACUUCAUGCAGACGGGUCGCGGCGGCUACGGAACGGGCGGCGGCGGUGGUGGUCCUUUGAAUAACUUCCACGUGUUUGGCGGCGGUGGCGGAGGCGAUGCCUCCACGCCGGCUCUGCUUGAUCCCACGGAAUUCCCCUCGCUAACGAACGCGCGCGGCCAGAACGACCAGACACUGCCCCAAUCGAAUCCGCUCCAGCCGCCGGGCAGCAAACCCUAUGGUAAUUUCUUUACCUCUUUUGGCAUGGUGAAACAGCCGACGUCAGAACAAUCGGAGUUCACGAUGUCCAACGAGGACUUCCCUGCGUUACCGGGCACCCAGAACUCGGACGGCACAACGAACGCGGUGGGGAGUAGUGGUUCAGCGGGAAGCGCCGGCAGUGGAGCAGUCGGAUCCAGCGGUUCAGGAACCAACACAGAAAAUCACCUGGACGGCACGGAAAAAGCGAUGAAUUCAAUUGUGGUCAGCGGAUCGGCGAGCGGUAGCGGUAGCGGCACCAGUGUCGGCGUUGUAGGCGGCAAUGGUCUGGGCGCCGUUGGCAGUGGCCUUGGCGGCCUUGUGGUCGUAGGCAGUGGCAGUGGAGCGGGUAGCGGUUCAAGUGGCGGCAGCGCAGCCAGUGGUGUCGCCAGUGGAUCGCAUGUUGGAUCCAGCGUUGCCAUCAACAGUGUUCCCAACAGCAACGCGAUGAUGGGCGUGGGCGGCGGCCUUGGCAGCGGAAGUGGGGGAUCCUCCGGCGGCGGUGCGGUCGAGCAUCUGAACGAUAAUUCCAGCAACGAUAAACUUGUGAAGAGCGGCGUGCAAACUUCGCCAGAUGGCAAGGUCACAAACAUCCCAGCGACCAUGGUGAACAACCAGUUCGGCAUGGUGGGCCUGCUGACGUUCAUCCGGGCUGCCGAAACGGAUCCCAACCUGGUGACACUCUCUCUGGGCACGGAUCUCACGGGACUGGGCCUUAAUCUGAACUCGCAAGAGAGCUUGCAUACAACAUUCGCUGGACCGUUCGUGGAACAGCCCUGCAGAGCACAAGACGUUGAGUUUAACGUGCCACCCGAAUAUCUGAUUAACUUUGCGAUAAGAGACAAACUUACUGCGCCGGUACUGAAAAAACUGCAAGAGGAUCUUCUCUUCUUCCUCUUCUAUACAAACAUCGGCGAUAUCAUGCAGUUAAUGGCAGCUGCUGAAUUGCAUAGUCGCGAAUGGCGGUAUCAUGUGGAAGAGAAAAUAUGGAUAACUCGAAUUCCUGGCAUUAAUCAAUAUGAAAAAAAUGGUACAAAAGAGCGCGGCACUUUCUACUACUUUGAUGCGCAAAGUUGGAAACGUUUGUCCAAGGUUUUCCAAAUAGAUGCCGAGAAAUUAGAUAAAUGUCCCAAUUUAAGUGCGUAUGUGAAUGGACAGUCUGUAUAAAAUUAAUAAAAAUGAAAAAAAUU